CGUAGCUGUAGCGUUAGAACAUUAGUUUGCGCGUAUACUUCGAGUAUACGGUGGUUUGUAAUUAUCUCCGGUAUAUUGUAAACAUUAUUUAAAAUGUAUUACUGCAUAGUAGCAACUCUUGUAGCCCUAGCUUACAUGUUUUGGGAUGUAAACUACUUCCUUCGGAUAGCUUUCACCAUAGGAAUUGGAAGACUGUUUCAAAAGAAAUGCGGUGUCAACGAUACAACCACUAUUUACGGAUUUUGCACGACACAAGAUGUGGAUAUUUUUCUGAAGCACAUGAACAAUGCGCGGUACGUUCGGGAGCUGGACUUCGCCAGGUUCCACUUCUAUGACCGGACCGGCAUCUACGACAACAUCAUGGCAGCCAAAGGACACGCCCUACAGGGUGCUUCCAGCAUUCGAUACAGGAGAGUCAUACCUAUCUUCACGGCUUACAAAGUGGAGACAAGGUUGGUGUACUGGGAAGACAAGACGCUCUUCGUUGAACAGAAGUUCGUCACAUUAAAUGACGGAUUCGUUCGUGCUAUCGUCAUGUCCCGUCAGAACUUGAUCGAUGUAGAUGUUGCCACACUCUUUAAGGGUAUCCCUGGAGCCGAUAAGAAGCCUGAAUGCCCUGAAGAGAUCAAACACUGGCUACGGGCUAUCGAAGUGUCUAGCGCUCAACUAAGGAAGAAGGAUUAAAUAGAGUAAAAAAUAUAGUAAAAAAUAUGGGCUAAAAAUUGUGCAGAAACCUGAGUUGUGAGAUCAUAGUUGCGUUGACGAGUACUUAAUUAGUAUAAUCUGAUGUUGUUAUAUCUAUAAAAUCGUUGUAAUUAAAAAUAAUUUUCUUAAAUGAGAAUAAGAUUACCAUAAUUUAUAAUUUAAAUAUUUAUUUUUGCAAUAAAGGUUGCGGUUACUAA